AUGUUUGUCGCCAGCAGAGAAGCCAGCUCUGAAGAGCUUCAGAAUGACGAUGCAUCGUCGACAGCGUCAUGGAGUCUAUUGGACGCUACACCGAGAGAUCCCUUCGAGGGUCUCCCCAUUGAGGUGCCGUACAAGUCAAGGCCAUUGUUUCAAUUAUGCUUCCUCCACGCAGCCUUGCUCAUGACCUCGUUGCAAUGGACAUGGUCGACGGGCAUUUCUGAGCAAAUCCAAGUAUCAUAUUUGUACCACAAGCUCCAGGCCAUCCGAUUCGUGAAUGACCAGCUAGCCAAGUCCGAGCCCGGCGUAGAAGAUGGUGUCAUUGCCGCUAUCGCAAGCCUUGCUUUGGUCGAGGUGAGCCUCUCUCGUGGCCAUUCCCGCAGAAGCAAGCUGACUUUGUCAAAAAAGAACUGUCUAGGCUCUGCGGAUGCCGUCGCAUUCCACUUGCGCGGGCUGAUUAGGAUCAAACAACUUCAAAGAAAGGAUGGUACCCCAAGACCUCUUGGGCUAUUUCAACGAGUCAUUCUCAUGGCAACGCGUCGGCUCAAGUCACGGCCGCCCUUCAACAUACUAGACAUUAUGCAAACCGACGACAUCCACCAAUCCGUAGUCAUAUCCCUUUUGAGCACGGCGAUACGCCCAAUGAGCCCGAGGCACGACUUGUUCGCCCUGAGCAUGCUAGACGAUCCGCUGCAAGCAUUGGGAAACGUUGAUCACGACCCCAGGGCAGCACUGGACAGCCACUCUAGCUGUCCCAUGCAGUCGGUGGACAAGAGCAGGAGUGACUUUCUCUCGUGCUACUUUUACCUGUACAUCAUACUUCAAGAUGAGCGCGUAGAUUCGUUUGUGCUCAAUUGGUUUCUCGAGCAGCUGCUUGCCGACGUGUGCCGAACACAGCCCUGUAUGCAAAAGGGGCAGUACAGCCAGACUCUGUGGUUCUGGACCGUCAUGUUUGGGGCGUGCGCGACCGUGGCCGCCAAAAUCACGUCUGCGACGGAAGAAGUGCAGAUGAGGGCGAUGCGAGAUGCAUACAUGGAUAAGAUCAACCUCGCGAGUCAGGUGCUCAGGAUCAAGAGCUGGGAAGCGGCGAAAACUACCAUGAGACUCUUUGCCUGGGAGGACGAUUUUGACGGAGAAGACGAGAUCAAGGGGCUAUGGGAAGAAGCCGUUUGGGCUGAUGGUGGCCAUCGCCCAAAAGUAGUAGUAAUCGGUCCUGGGUUCCCCAGUGGCUGA